CAUCCGGAAUCCGCAUUCACUACGCGCCCUCAUUUCGAAAAUUGGUGUGUCGGAGGAAGGUCAGGAUUCCAACAAAAUGUCGAAUGAAAUUGAACACCAGAAAAGGCGACAGAUCCGCCACCAGUAUCGUAACUUGAUUACAGAAACACAGAAAAACAGUCUUGAAUUAUCAAACCUAGAAAACACAGGAUUAAAUGAUGCAUUGAACAGAGCAAAUGAACUCUUUGAAGAUGUCAAGGAGAUUAAGGGGACCAGGGAAGCAGCGAUGGAUUCUUCAUUCUUAGUAAUUGCAUCAGCUAUUGGGAAGCAGCGAGCACAGAAACUCCACACUGAUCUUGUCAAGUUUGAUGCGAGAGAAUUCAUAGAGAAGCUGGUAACUUACAUGAGUGGGCGAGCAAUGGCACCUGAUACUCAAAGCCAGAAUAGAAGACACAUAACACCUGAGGCAUGGAAAGAGCUUGGUAAAGAAGCAAGAUUACACUUCAAAAAGGCACCAGCAUUUCAUUCUUUAUUAGGAUCGUUUGGACAUGAAAAACCGAAGAAAAACCCAAGAAAGAACACGCAAAAUAAAGAGAAGGAGAUAGGGCCUACAGCAGUACCGAAACAGUUGUCGUCAGUUGUACAGAGUCACCAGGAGGUGACAACAGAAGAAGUGGGGAGGAUCAUGGCAAUAUUGAAGCAGUACACAUAUUAUGAAGACGAUUCCAUGGAUAUUGAACCGGUGAGACUGUUUGACUUUGUUGUGAAUCCUGAUUCAUUUGGUCAGACUAUCGAAAACAUAUUCUAUGUUUCAUUUCUGGUAAAGGAUGGACUUGCUAUGAUUGAGCUCGACACUGAUGGCCUGCCGGUCAUUCGGCCAUGUGAACCUUAUAAGGAAGGUCAAAGCAAGGAGACUAUCCAUAAAAAACAAUUUAUGUUCUCAUUGACCAUGGACAAAUGGAAGGAACUUAUUGAAGUAUUUGAUAUAGGACAACCUCUGAUACCAACAAGAAAAUCGACGAGGUAAGUGAAGUGGUGGAAGCUUGUACAUAAAUUUUGAGGGUGCUUCGGCAACGGUAGAUCUUCACCUGGUACCUAUAUUGCGGAAGUCCGUCCUUUUUUCUAUUUCAUGACCGAAACAGCGACCGGUUUCACUGUGGCUCCCUUGUUCACUUUUAUUAAAUACUGGAUCUGCCCUUGAUACAGUAACUUAAGACGAGAAAUUUUACCUUGUUUUAUACCUUGUUUCGCGAACUCGCUGCCCGCCAAAAUUGAUGAUUUCAAAUAAAAAUAAAAUUUUAUUUUUGGCCAAUUAACGCACCCGCCACCACAAAAAAAAAGAAAUGGAAAUUUCAGA